CAAUUGUCUUUCCAAUCGUAAUUCAGAAAUUUCAUUUGUGUGUAGUUCAUUGUUGGAAACUAGAAAAAUGGUUUUUGGGAAGUUUUGUAAUAACUAUUUUUAUUUAAUCAAGAUAUUGGUGCUUGUUUCCUUAUGGGUUGUUCAGGUGACUGAAGGGUCGAGGGCAGAAUACGUGACGUGCGGCUCAAUUUUGAAGUUAUUAAAUAAAGAUUUGAACUUGAGACUCCAUUCUCAUGAUGUGAAGUAUGGAUCAGGCUCGGGACAGCAAUCUGUGACAGCUGUUGACGUGACUGACGACCAUAAUAGCCAUUGGCUUGUAAGGGCUGCAAAGGACGAAACAUGUAAAAGGGGGGCUCCAAUAAAAUGUAAUUCAAACAUAAGAUUGCAGCAUGUAUCUACCAAGAAGAACUUGCAUUCACAUUAUUUCUCCUCCCCUCUUUCGGGCAACCAGGAAGUCUCAUGCUAUGGAGAUGAGAAUGGAGAGGGUGAUAGUGGUGACAACUGGACUGUUGUCUGCAAUAAUGAUUAUUGGAGAAGAGAUACCCCAGUGAAAUUAAGACAUAUUGAUACUAUAUCGUAUCUGGCAGGUUCUGGCAGAACCUUUGGCAGGCCCAUCAGCGGUCAAGGAGAAAUUGUAGGAGUAUCAUCACAGUAUGAAGCGUACACAGACUGGCAACCCCAAGAAGGUUUAUUUGUCCACCCAAGUGACUUGUUACCACACCAACAAGCAAAAAUUUCACACACAGAGCUAUAAUUUUAAUUAAUUAAUAUAAUUGUUAGGUGUUUUGUAUAAAUUGUGAUUUCCUAUAAUUUAAGUACCUACCCAUUGCUCAUGGAUUUAGUCCAUGACAUUAGUUUUACUGCUAGUUCCAGUUAUUAAAUUGAAUAGGUAUUGAAUAUGUUGAGCAAUAUCAAAGAACUUUAGAUAUUUUAGUCACCCCAAUUUUGUUAGACUAGGGUAAAUGUUACAAAUUACUAAUUCUCUUUGGAACUACUUUAUUUACCACAAAGCAUUGAAUUUUGGUGUGGCACUAAAUAAAAAAGAACAUUUUUCGAAAAGUAGACUUAAGACUUAAUCUUAACUUUUGAGUCUGUCUGUUUGUAGCAAGUACCACAACUACCCCUGAAACAUCUCCAGAAUAAAAUACGAUAUGAAGCUGCCAGACAUGCCUGUAAUAUAAUUUUAAUAUAAUAAUUUUCAGGUUAACCAGUAUAUGUGUUUAUUUUUAAAUGUUACCUUUGUUGCAUUGACGGUUAUCCUUAUCAGUAAUUACCCAUAUUGUUUUUUAUUUAUAGCUUUAUGCAAACAAAAGAUGAUUAAUAUUGUAUUAUACUGUGUCAAUGAAAACCAGUUUUUUAUUUUGCUAAACUUUAUUGUCAAAUGAUAUGUUAUACAAUCUUAACACAUCGUUGAGAAAUGUUCUAUUAACAAAUUAACAGUGCUUCAAAAGCAUCAAUGUUCAAUAAUAUAAUACUGACAACUUAUUUCCAUGGAAUAUAAUGGGUUUGAAGAUAAAGUAAAUACCGUUUUUCAAAAUUAUAUUGUUAGUAAAGCAUGUUACAUAAUCAAUAUUAAAACAUAUAAUUAUUUUAUAUUUAAAAAAAAACCAUGUUUUAUUUGGCCCUGGAUUCACAUGUGCCGUACACACAUGCCUAAAGUGUGUAGAGUAACAGGCCUUCAGCGCUUCCUUGGCAUUCCUGUCUGGGUGAGUCCUCCGGAAAUUGGAUCAAGAGAUAAAUAUAUAUACAUAAAACAUGAAAUAGUACAACGGUUAUGAGAUAGUAUGUGAACGCAUUGUGUGUUAAUGUAAUGCA